AUGGCUCCCGUAAAUAUUAGAAGGCAAGACGAGGCCCGAGCAAGCGAGCGUGCAUAUCCUUCCUCAUACCAUAGUGCUCAUCGGUUGAUUCGUCAAUGCUCUCAAAAUAGACAGCAUGAUCUCCAAAAGAUCGGUGCGCAAUUUGGAACGUCUUUGGACGUUUCCCGCCAGACACUUUCAGCGGAUCUUCCACCAUUUCCAGACCUCACAAGCUAUUGUUCAUAUCACUCUCAGCUACUGAGAUCUGAUUUGCAAGGCGAGGGUACUUCUGCAUUAUCACAAGGAAAGGAUGCAGCCACCUACCAACCAGAUGAUUAA